AUGGCUUCCAAAAAGGCUAAAAAGAGUUCCGGAGCAUACAAGAAAGGUAUGGGCGAAGCAAACAGUGUUUCUAGCUCUAAAGAGGCUGGUAAAUUGGAAAAAAAAACAUCAGGUUCAAAUGCCAAACCAAAUGAGUCCAGGAGAUAUAAUUUCAUCGUGCGGACUGUUUGGACGCUUAUCAUGAUCUGUGGAUUCUUUAUCACACUCGCCUCAGGUCAUUUUUGGUGUGUCUUGCUAAUCUUGGCCUGCCAGAUUGCAGCUUUCAAAGAAUGUAUCCGAGUGACGGCGAUAUCGGGCCGCGAAAAGAACUUACCACUGACAAAAACGCUGAACUGGUAUUUUCUAUUCACCACAAUUUACUACCUUGACGGCCGGUCGCUCUUUCAAUUUUUCCAGUAUUACUUCAUCAACUAUAGAGCUCUAAACUUGGUGGCAUCCAAUCACAUGUUUAUCUGCUACUGUCUGUACGUCCUCGGAUUCGUGAUUUUUGUAUGCAGCCUGCGUAAGGGUCAUUUGAAGUUUCAGUUUGCCUCGCUAUGUGUCACCCAUAUGGUUCUACUGUUAGUCGUGUUCCAAGCACAUUUGGUGAUCAACAACGUUCUGAACGGACUGAUCUGGUUCCUCCUGCCUUGUGGCCUCGUGAUUGUCAAUGAUAUCUUUGCGUACCUGUGCGGGAUUACUUUCGGACGCACCAAAUUGAUCGAGAUCUCUCCCAAGAAGACGCUGGAAGGUUUCUUGGGUGCUUGGGUGUUUACUGGCAUUGCCAGCAUUCUGCUAACUAGGCUUUUGACCCCUUUCACGUACAUGACGUGUCCCGUUAAAGACAUUAACACCAAUUUCUUUACGCCCUUCACAUGCGAUCUAAAUCCAGUUUUUAUUCCGCAGGACUACAGAUUGCCACCUAUUGUUUUCGAAAAUAUUGGCGUCAGCACAGUUACCAUAAAGCCUAUCUAUUUGCACGCUCUCAACUUGGCAACUUUUGCCUCCUUGUUCGCUCCCUUCGGAGGCUUUUUUGCGUCGGGACUGAAAAGGUCUUUCAAAGUGAAGGAUUUCGGGCAGUCAAUUCCUGGCCAUGGUGGUAUCACAGACCGAAUUGACUGUCAAUUUUUGAUGGGUUCAUUCAUGAACCUUUACUACGAGACAUUUAUCAGUGAAAAACGAGUCACUGUGGAGACUGUGAUCUCGACUAUUUUGCUGAACUUCAACGAAAGACAAAUUCUCGAAUUAAUCAAGGUCCUCAACGAAGUAUUGUACAGUAAUGGGUUCAUCAGUGACAAGGCAUACAAGCAAUUAACAGAACUAUACAAUAUCUAG